CGGAGGUGACGACUACGUCUCGCCUCAUCUAGGUAGCCAUCUGAUCCAAUGAAUACCUUCCACACCUUAUAAGAUACCGGCAUCAAUCGUUCCCUCACCCUUCCAGCUCGCAUUGGUAGCAUUCGUUACAGAUACACACACCUUCUAGAACUGGCUUAAUUGUCGCAUGCAGUAAACUUGGCCAACAUGGCAACUCCUACUGACACAACAAGACAAAGCGACGGCAACAAUGGGCCUGAAUCCCCUACCACCGUCCGACCAUUUGAGAUGGACGACGACGAUGUCCAGGAGACGGGUGUGCUUGGCGAUGAUGGCACCAAUACUACUACCAUUACAUCAGCUACCUCAGCUGCCACAACCGCGCCCGCGCCCGCAGCUGCCGACGAAGCACCGCCGACGAAGCCGGCGAGACCCUUGACGGAGCAGCAAAAGAAUGAGCAGAUCCUGAAGGAAGCCUUUCCCAGCAUCGAUGUUCCCGUCAUCAAGGCGGUACUCCUCGCAAGUGGUGGUCGCAUCGACCCGGCCUUCAACGCGCUCCUUGCCAUGAGCGAUCCAGAUGCUGUGCAGAAUGAGCCAGCCCCUGCGCAGGAACCUGCUCCCCCACCACAACCGCCGAGACCAACCGGCGCGCGAUCCCCAAUGUCUCAACUGGAGGCCGACGAGCUUUAUGCCCGACAGUUGGCGGAGCACUAUGAUAAUGCUGCCUACGAAGCAAGAACUACCAGCCGUGGUCACGGAGGUCAACAACCACGCCCACGGCAAGCGACAGGUCUGAAGCCUGACGAGAUGUAUGACCGAGAGCACAGCUUUAUUGAUGAUGACCUGCCCGUCAUCAAGGAGAAUCUUCGCAAGGGCUUCCUCGAGACUCAAACGAAGGUGAACACUUGGUUCACAACCCUGAAGAAGCGAAUCGACGGAGAGUAUGAUUCCGAAGAAGACGAGAGUCAGCCGUCGAAGCACCAAGCGCACCGGCGAGGUGGGGAGGGCAGCCGCCGAAGCGCAGACUACGAGCGUUAUGACGCCGAUCCCCAGGUUCUGAGUGAUGACUUUGCCGGCAUGCGGCUCAAUCCUGAUGGAACUUCCGCACCAGGCCGUUCUGGUAACCCCAACAUUUACAAACCACCUCCAUCCUCGUCGCCCCGGCCCGAAGGUCGUAAGGUUGCCUUCAAGGAGGGCCAUGAUGAUAUAGACAUCUACGACGCUUCCCCCAAGUUGCCUCCGAAAGACAAUCCGGCUUCUUCGGCCCCAGCUAACAAGCAAAGCAAGUGGCAACCAAUGUCGGCCGUCGAGCCUAGCCCCAUCGCCGAGCAUGAUCCUUUUAGUCUAGGAGACAGCGAGGACGAGAAAGACGCGAAGGACAAGACCGGGUUCAAGGAGACCAAGAUGGAGGACACGGAGAGACUGAAGCAAGCAACAGCCGAUGCCAUGGCUGACAGCUUGGUGGAUAAUGCAGCCAAGGUAGACAGUGCGACCAAGAAAGCUUAGUUGUAUAGCAGAAAUUACGGUGAGACUAUCGCAGUGAUGGGAGCCUUGUUGGAUACGGCAUAGGGCCGUUUGCUUUCUGCAUCUCAGCCAACGGCUAUCGAGACCACAGCGAGCUCUACGAAUAGCUGUAGUUUUUGUUGGCAGAUACCAGGACGUAGCCAUUCAUCAGCAUUCGUUAAUUUUAGCAAACCAUGCUCCUUUUUCAGGGAAAAAGGAGAUGUUGUUAGUCGUAGUAUAAUUGACUUAGUUCUCUCAA